AAAUUUUGCUCGAUAUCAUAAAGGAAAAAUCGGUUAUCGUAGUAAAAUCUUUCACGUUCUUGCAGUUCUGGGAGAGAGCAAGUAGAAAUACUUAACGCCGACACUAACCGCUUUUAUUGUGCAUGACGCUACAAACCGCCGUCAAUAGCAAGCACCAACUUCUACAAUUUAAAACAAAGGACUUCUGGGACUUACACUGUUUGGAAAUGGCUGGUGGAAAUUGCAUAGAUCCCACUCUUGUAAAGGUUGGUUGUAAUUGGACACGGAUUUCAGGUUGUCCAUUGGCCGAAGCUCUACAAUUGGCAAACGCUGACCCUGAUGUUUUUCAAAGACCUACAAACGAAGAACUUGUUGAUCAGGAGAAAGCAGUUUUGCUAACCAAAUCCGACGAUGAUUCAGAAUAUUGUGAGCUAGAUAUACAACUUUAUCCUGAAUACAAAAUUCAGGCAUUUUGCAUGGUAUGUAGCGUCGACAAAUUAGAGAUAUUUCAGGGUCUUUCAAAAGAAUAUUUGGAAACAAUAUACGGCGAAAGGCUAAUGGAAGAAGAUUAUCUUGAUGAUCAAUUAAAAACAUACCGCUACGAUGUGGAGUUACAAAAAUCAGGAAUCACACGACUUACAAUUAAGUUUCUCUCUAAAAGUUUGACGGAAAUUUGUUUAUUUGGUGUACAAAUUCAAACGGCUCCUAAUCCUAGAGGUAUUACAACACUUAUUCCCAAUUUGAACGAAGAAACAUCAGGUGAAGCGACAACACUAGAGAAAAGUAAACGCUUGCUGGAAUUGUUGGCUCGAUCGAAAACCCUUAAAGAAAAUACCCAACAAUUUGAAAAUAUUAAUAUUGGCGAAAGCGACAAAAAUACAAUGUUAAUACAAGAUUAUAUUGACCAAAAAUUAAAUGAAAUGGAAGAGCGCAUAAAUCAACGUUUAAAUCUAAUGGAAGAAAGACAAAUGGCAUGUCUCAACCGCUUACUUGAAAAGUUAGAAAAUAUUAAAUAGAAUAGGUAACCAUACAAAAGACUAAUGGUCUGUUCCAGAACCUGCAAGAAUCUAAUAGUUUUGCAUUUUUUUUUUUCGAUAUCAUAAAGGGAAAAUCGCUUAUCAUAGUAAAAAAAUUUACAUUCUUGCAGUUGUGGAACAGACCAUACAAUGCAAAGCAAAAAUUUUUCUCAUUCGUGUGAUUUUUAAGUAAAUAAAAAUUUGUAUACAACUCCA